UUUUGAGCAGCGCAGCAACAUUUUAGCUAAAAUUAUAAAGUUUUGCAGUUUUUCUUUUCCUUAAUGUUCAUAAAUUCAAAUUAAAAACCAUUGACAAAAUUUACGUUUUCUUUUUUUUUAACAACAAAACAAAUAAAACUUAUCGAAAAAAAGCAAAAGCGUCGUGCAGCAGUAACAGAACACACCGACCGCCGAUGAGGAAGAAGAGGAGAACGCCAGAAAUUAAAGAAAAACCAACAAGGCGGCUGCUGCAACGCAAUCGUAAUCGUUAUCGAGUGUCACCACGAUAACAUUGAAGGAGAAGAACAAGCAGGGAAAAAAUCAAUCAAUCAAUCAAUCAACAAAUUAUAUGUGUGCUGUUCUUGUAUAUCGAUAAAAAGAAAAACAAUAAUCAUUAUAUAGGAGAAACACACAGAAUACAAAAUUAAGAUUUGAGUGUGGGGCAAGAAAAACGAAAAGAAAAACACAACGGCGGCCAGCCGAUUGAGCAAGCAACACACACAAUUUCAAGGGGCCCAAUAAGAUGGACAUUGAAACAGAUCAGUCUAUCGAAGCUAUGGACACCCAGGAUACCCAAGAGGUCGAAAUUAUUACAAGCGACCUACAACAGCAACAACAACAGCAGCAGCAACAACAGACAAAUUCGCCGCCACAAUUGCCCAAAUUUAAGAAUUUAAUACAUCCACAGUUGCAACCACAACAGCAGCAGCAACAACAACAGCAGCAGCAACAACUCCCCAGUGAGAACGGCAACGUGCCGCCACAACAACUGUUGGCCGAAAGCAGCUCCACAUCGUUUGCCAACGAACAAGAAAUGCCGAUGGACGACGAAACAAAGGAGGAUCAGUUUCGCUCUGAAACCGUAUUCUCCUACACCGUGGAGAAUGUGGGACAGAUCAAGCAACAGCAUCUGUCGCAGCCCGUCUAUGUGCGCAUGCUGCCCUGGAAGAUAAUGGUGAUACCCAACGAUCGUGCUCUGGGCUUCUUUUUGCAGUGCAACGGCGAAAACGAUUCGCCCACCUGGUCGUGCAACGCGAUUGCCGAGCUGCGUUUGAAGUGCCACAAACCGGAUGCACCGCCAUUUACACGGGCCAAAAUCAAGCAUUUAUUCUACUCCAAGGAGAACGAUUAUGGCUAUUCAAAUUUCAUCACAUGGCAGGAGCUGCAGGAUCCGGACAAAUACUAUGUGCACAAUGGCAGCAUUACACUCGAGGUUCACGUGAUUGCUGAUGCUCCACAUGGUGUGCUCUGGGACUCGAAGAAACAUACCGGCUAUGUGGGUCUCAAGAAUCAGGGCGCCACCUGUUAUAUGAAUUCAUUGCUGCAGACAUUAUAUUUCACGAACUCGUUGCGUUUGGCCGUUUAUCGCAUACCCACCGAGGCCGAUGAUAGCACCAAAUCGGUGGGCCUAUCGCUGCAGCGUGUCUUCCAUGAGCUGCAGUUCGGUGAUCGUCCCGUGGGCACCAAGAAGUUAACCAAAUCCUUUGGCUGGGAGACACUCGAUUCGUUUAUGCAGCACGAUGUACAGGAAUUUUUACGUGUGCUUCUCGAUAAGCUCGAGUCGAAGAUGAAGGGCACAUGCUUGGAGGGCACAAUACCGGGACUAUUUGAGGGCAAAAUGUCGUCGUAUAUCAAGUGCAAGAAUGUGGAUUAUAAUAGCACACGCUACGAGACCUUUUACGACAUUCAACUCAACAUCAAAGACAAGAAGAACAUAUACGAUUCGUUCCAGGAUUAUGUGGCCUCCGAGACGCUCGAGGGUGACAACAAGUACGAUGCCGGUGUCCAUGGUCUGCAGGAGGCGAGCAAGGGCGUCAUAUUCACAUCAUUCCCGCCCGUGCUGCAUUUGCAUUUGAUGCGUUUCCAAUACGAUCCAAUUACCGACAGCUCGAUCAAGUACAACGAUCGCUUCGAGUUCUAUGAGCAAAUCAAUCUCGACAGCUAUUUGGCCGAACGUGAAAAGACGCCAGCCGACUAUGUGCUGCACGCUGUGCUCGUCCACUCCGGCGACAAUCAUGGCGGUCAUUAUGUUGUCUUCAUCAAUCCAAAGGCCGACGGACGUUGGUUCAAAUUCGAUGAUGAUGUUGUGUCCAGCUGCCGCAAACAGGAGGCCAUCGAACAGAAUUAUGGCGGCAUGGACGAUGAGAUCUCGUUUCAUGCCAAAUGCAGCAAUGCCUAUAUGCUCGUCUAUAUACGUCAAUCUGAAUUGGAUCGUGUGCUCGGCGAUAUACCCGAGAAUGAGAUCUCAAGCGAUCUUGUCGAACGUCUCGAUCUGGAGAAACGCAUCGAGAUGGCGCGUCGCAAGGAGCGCAGUGAGGCCAACACUUAUGUGCCGAUCCAUGUCAUACUCGAGGAGUACUUUGAGUCGCAGCAGAAGCGACGCCUCUUCGAUUUGGAAAAGACACAUCAGCGCCCAUUCAAACUGAAGCAGAAUCAGACCGUUAACGAGAUGGUCGAGAUGCUGGUGAAGGCAUUUGGUGUGCCACGCGAUCGCAUGCGCAUCUGGAACAUGUGCACGGCGCAAACGCAAAAGUUCCUGCACUUUGAUUUCGAGGCGGAGGCAACGCGCACCAUCGAACAGAUACCGACGUCACAGAAGCCAUGGGUCAUCUUCCUGGAGCUGGCGCCGCCGGAUAGCACGGCGCCGCUGCUGCCCUUCAAUCCCAAGACCGAUGUGCUGCUCUUCCUCAAGUAUUACGAUGCGCGCAACAAGCGUCUCAAUUAUAUCGGUUGCACACAGCAGCCAUUGAAUCGUCGUCUCUCCGGAUUGGUGCCGGAAGUCAAUCGCAUACUCGGCUUCGACCCGGACACCGAACUGACCGUGUACGAUGAGUAUGCCGAGAAGAAGAUCCCCAACAUAAAUGAGCCCAUCGAGAGUGUGCUGUAUAUGCAACAGGAUCAUUUGCAGGGAUCGAUAUUGAUAUUUGAGCGCGAGAAUGUUGAUGUUAAACUGGAUUUGCCCACCGUUGAGGAUUACUUCUUGGAUCUGGUCUAUCGCAUUGAGAUUAUAUUCAGCGACAAGUGUAAUCCCAAUGAGCCGGACUUUACGUUGGAGCUGUCGAAUCGGUACAAUUACGAUCAGUUGACCAAUGCGGUCGCCGAGCGUCUCAAUACCGAUCCACAGAAACUGCAGUUCUUCAUGUGCAUCAGCAACUACAAGGAGACUGCCGGCAAUGCGGUGCCCUACACCUACAAGGGUACCAUCAAGGAUCUGCUGUCGUACUCGAAACAGAGCACGCCGAAGCGUAUCUUCUAUCAGCGUCUGUCGCUGAGCAUUCACGAGCUGGACAACAAGAAGCUCUUCAAAUGCAUUUGGGUCUCGUACGAUCUGAAGGAUGAGAAGGAACUGGUGCUAUAUCCAAACAAAAACGAUACGGUCAAGGGGCUGCUCGAUGAGGCGGCCAAGACGAUAACGUUUGCCGAGAAUAGCCGCAAGAAGCUGCGUCUGCUCAAGGUGGGCAAUCACAAGAUUGCGGCCAUCUGCAAGGAUGACAUACUGCUCGAUUCGCUGAUGAAGACCAACGAAUCGAUCACAACCACACAAGGCACACAGAAGAUCUAUCGCAUCGAAGAGAUCACCGCUGAGGAAUCCCAGCUGGCUGAGAAUGAAUUGCUCAUCCCGGUGGCGCAUUUUAGCAAAGAGCUCUAUAAUUCAUUCGGUGUGCCGUUCCUAACGAAGGCGCGUCACGGCGAGCCAUAUGGUGCACUGAAGCAGCGCAUCCAGAAGCGUCUCAAUGUCCCAGACAAGGAAUGGGAGAAUUACAAGUUCGCUGUCAUCACCAUGGGGCAUACCAUCGAUGUCAACGAUAAUACGCCCAUCGAUCUGGAGGUGUAUCGCACAUGGUCGGGCGGCCAGUUGCCAUUCUUUGGACUGGAUCAUAUUAAUAAGUCGCGCAAGCGCAGCUCAUUGAAUUUCUCCGAGAAGGCUAUAAAAAUCUACAAUUAAACACUAUAAAAAAAAAACAGAGGAAAAGAAGCGGAUAACAACAACAACAA